UCUCUCUCUCUCGUGCACUUUAGGAUUUAGACAGACAAGCAACUGGGAAGGAGCCUGGAGUUUGUGCCCCCGUAGGUUGAGAUGGUUGAGUCCUCGUUCAAGGUUGCUGUGGUAUCCCAGAAACACAUUCACUCGCAGUAGUGUUGGAGCGCCGCGGACCAACAAGCAAAACUGAUCGGCGACAAACACACCACCACCACCACCACACUACAGCACACACACGCACCACACACACACACGCAAAAUUGCAAUCGAUAUGAAAUCGAACUGCAAAAUACAGGAGAUUUCGACUCAAGAUUCGCUGACAACCAUUUUUCGGACAGGAUGCUCUAAAUGCUGCAGACACGGGCUCUCUUUCCUCGGGAAGGCAAUGGGAACGCAAAGUGGAGUUAUAUUUUCACAUCUUGUCUUUUUAUUGACGAUCACAUGUGUGGAAGGGUUUAUUUAUACUUGUGGAGGCACAUUACAAGGAUUAAAUGGCACGAUAGAAAGUCCUGGCUUCCCAUAUGGGUAUCCAAAUGGUGCAAACUGUACGUGGAUCAUUGUGGCAGAAGAACGCAAUAGAAUACAGAUUGUGUUCCAAUCAUUUGCUCUGGAAGAAGAGUAUGAUUAUCUGGCAUUGUAUGAUGGGCAGCCACAUCCUGUAAACUUCAGGACAAGGGAUAGUUCAACGUACCCUGCAGACACAGACACAGGCUUAGCUGGGGCCCAUGCGGGUGCCCACAGCUACGCCUUGGAGGAAGUGGGAGUAGUCAAAGGGGAAGUUGUUGAGGAUUAUGAAUUUGAAUUUAAAUUGGUGCAAGGUGGACUUGAAUCCCCCGAUUGUUAUUCCAGACCCAUGGUAAACAAUUUGAAUUUAGCCAUUGCACCACCAGUGUACCCUGCUACAGCAACUUCUUUGCUGGUGUAA